CGGGUGGGGCGACGGAUGCGCGUCGAAUGGACCGACUCGAGAAUCUCAGUUCCAAACUUCCUGUCGUUCACGUUCCGCAUUUAAUUCUUACUUUUUCCGCAAUCUUUACGCAUUAUCAUUGAAACCAUUAUUAUUCGUAUUAUUUCAAUAUUAUUACGUUAAACGGUGAUAUUAUUUCGUUUAAAUUAUCAUCACGAUAAUUAUUAUUAAAACGGGGAGGUUAAUCUAACCUUAUUUGGUAUUCUUAUUUUGUGUGUGUGUGUGUCUCUUUUCAAAAACGUUUACACGCAUCCCAUUUAAAGAGAGAGAGAGACUUGUUAUUUGUUUUUAUUAUUUAUAAAUUCGAAAUUGUGUGUAGGAAGAGAUUGAUAGAAAGAUAUAUAAAUUGAUUAAAUAGAUAUACUUCAAAUAAACUGGUUAAGUGAGUGUGAGAAAGAACGAGAAAAAGGAAGGAAGGAAGAACUGGCAUUAAAUCGACAAAUUCUUUUGUUCUCUCGCUCCAAUUUUGGUGUCGGGGAAGUAUAUAACACGUGAACCAAUCGUUGAACGGUAUCAUAGUGAAUCUCGUUAGGGAGUGCAGAGAAGACACACGCUGCGGCGAAUUAGUCGAGAGAUCGAUUACGUACAUAACCUCGAACUUUUCGCGUGUACGCCCUUAUUUGCGUAUUAUCUUAAUCCUUAUCUUAUAUAUUUUAUCGUUUUAUUUAUUUCGGUUAUAUUAAAGUCGGUGUAUAGACAACAAUCAUAUCAAUUAGUGUUAGUGUUAUAUUAUUGGUAAAAAGAAAAAGAAAAAGAAAACGAAAAAACAAAUAUGACAAAAAUAAACUUGACAAACGAGAAACCAUCGUUGUCAUCGGGUUCGUGUAAAAAUCUCAACGAUCAGCAAAAAAAGAAGAAAGAGGAAGGAGAGAAAGAAUCUUUUACAAUACAGGUUAGGAAAGAAGAAAAUAAAGGGAUGUCCGAGAUGGUUAGUAAAAGUAUCCGAAAUCAAGAAAAUAAACAACAAGAGGAGGACGAGAAUGAGGAAUCGGUGAAAAAGAAAGCGGAAGAAACGAUGGUCAAAAUUACUCGAUGCAUCGAAUGCGUUCAGAUUGUGCCACUGAUGCAGUGUGGCUCCCUGGACAUCGGCGAAGAACGACAGCGUCGGGUCGCUAUGAUGGAGUCCCUCUGUCAAGUGAACAACAAGACCAACAACGGGAAUGAUUUGAACAAGGAAAACAACAACAAUCAUUUGAACAAUCAGCACAAUAAUAAUACUACUAUAAGUAACAACAAUAAUAAGAACAACAACAAUAGUCACAGUAAUAACAAUUCGGAUUGCCCUGAUCCUCAACAAAGGCUGGCCGUGUUGAGCUUUGAGCAGGUGCGUCGAUUGAACGAUGUGAUGGACGAGGUUGUAAGCAUUCAUGGUAGGGGAAACUUUCCAACAUUGGAGGUUAGACUGAGAGAUCUCGUAACGGUUGUGCGUAGCAAACUGGAAGGUGAGCCUAGUAAUGGAGGUGCUGGUAUGAGGGUAAGGGACAUCAGAUUGAACGGUGGUGCAGCGUCCCACGUAUUGGCAACCGAAUCCCAACCCUACAACGAUCUUGAUCUGAUAUUCGCUGUUGAAUUAUCCAGCGGCCGUAACUACGACAAGGUUAAGGCCGCGGUAUUGGGUUCUUUGUUCGACCUUUUACCCGAGGGUGUUAGCAGAAAACGCAUAACAACGUGCAGCUUGAAAGAAGCUUACGUCAGCAAGAUGGUCAAAGUGAACAACGACGGCGAUAGAUGGUCCUUGAUAUCCCUUGGGAAUUCACGAGGACACAGGAAUGUAGAAUUGAAAUUCGUCGAUUCUAUGAGACGACAAUUCGAAUUUUCCGUCGACAGUUUUCAAAUUGUCCUUGAUUCUCUGUUAUUAUUUUACGAGUGCAGCAAAUUACCGAUCGGUGAAAACUUUUAUCCAACCGUAGUAGGCGAGUCUGUUUACGGUGAUUUCCAAGAAGCACUCUACCACCUUCACAAGAAGCUCAUAUCGACGAGGAAUCCUGAGGAGAUUAGAGGAGGUGGUCUAUUGAAAUAUUGCAAUCUCUUGGUUAAGAUGUACAAGCCGGCCAAACCGGACUAUAUAAAGACCCUCGAGCGAUACAUGUGUUCGAGAUUCUUCAUCGACUUUCCUGAUAUAAGUCAGCAACAGGCGAAGCUCGAGAAUUACUUGUGGAAUCAUUUCGUUGGCCCCGAAGAAGAAGCCCUAAAAUACAAGUACCUGAUGCUUUUGCACAAAGUCGUCGAGGAGUCGACGGUUUGUCUGAUGGGUCACGAACGGCGACAGACCCUUGCAUUGAUCCAAAAUCUGGCAUGCCAGGUAUUUUAUCAGGAACAACAGCAACGGCUGACGAAUCAUCAACAACCACCACCGGGACCACCAGCGACCUACGUUUAUGCUAACGGCUAUUAUUACACACCCGUCAUACCUACCGCGUGCUAUACUUGCACUUGCAAUUCUUGGAUGGCGUGUUCGUCGUGAUGCGACCCCGCCGUCGUCCUAUUCAUUACCGUCGCUAAUUAUUUCUUAUUAUACUCUACCACCAACCCCGUCCUCGUUGUUAUUAACAUCAUCCACGGGUUGAUUCCUCCUCCUAAGUGGUGGUGGACUACUUCGUUCUAUUCCCGUGGCUCCUGUAGAAAACGAUGGGACAAAGUGAACGACGAAAGGAGAUCGACGAGAUUCGAUCUACAACUACUACUAUUACUACUACUAUUACUACUACUACUACUACUUAUAUUAUUACUACUAUUAUUAUUAUUAUUACUACUUCUAUUUCAACCACUACUGCAACUAGACGUUGGGGUUGGUAAAUCAUCGAUGGCGGCGACGGCACCAGCGAUAACAGCAGCAGCAGCACCACCACCACCACCGAUUAUGGCGUCGACAUGGCGAUGACGUCAGUGUCCGAUGGGGUAGUGGUAAACGUAGGCGAUGAAGAAGGGCGAAUAGUAGUUCUUGCUUGCUGAACCACGGGGGAGGCUGAUCCUCGUCCUUGCCCCGUCCACGCCGCCACACAAAAAGAAAGCAAAAAAAAAAA